AUGAUCGCAACUCGCAGCCCAGCAGCUAGCAGCCCCAUAUUCUUGAUUAGCCAAGAUGGCGUCGAGCUAUAUGUUAUUGUUGCUGACUUCGACCGCAGAUAUGUUGAUUUUGCUAGAGGCCGUCGCCAUAGGAUUACUGAAGAACAUUUUAUGAAAAUGCACAAGUUCGGUCCAUGGUUCAUUAAUCGGUCUGAAGACCUCGAUGCAUUUGCGAAGCUUGCUUUGGCCAUUGCUAUUCAUGGAAGUCGUUAA